AUGGACUGGCAUGGCGACUCGUGCUUUGCGCCGCUCAUGCACGUUAUGCUUCAUCUGCAUAGAGCUUGGACCCUUUCCUUUGUUCGUCACACACUCACGUGUGUUGCUGAUGGCCACUCUAGGCGAAAGCGCCUUGACAGCUUCAAGGAUGUGUCGAUCUGUCUCGGCACGUAUGCCUAUCGGCCAGUGUCGCCGUUGAUCCUUCUUCGACUUGUCAAACGACGAUGUAGGAGUUGUGAGCACCUUCACCUUCCUUCAUCAACCACCGACAUCAAAGGUCGAAGAUUCUCCUACUUUGCCUCUUCCGAACGCGAACGAGUGCGUCGUCUGUGGCGCAAACUGCGACGAAAGCUGCAGCUCUUCCCUCUUUCUAUCGUCACAGCACCAAAGUGGGGGGCCAGACGGAUCGGCGGACAAUACCCACUGUCUCAUCUGCCAGUUGCACGACCCCUCAAAUUAGACUUUGCUCGUGCAGCUACCGCUCACCCACCCGCUCCGCGAUCUUCAAGCCUUUGA